UUUUGGAAUACUAUAGUGUAUGCCUUAAAAAUAGCUGGUCCUUUAUUAAAGGUUCUUAGAUUGGUUGAUGGAGAGAAGAAGCCCCCAAUGGCUUACAUAUAUGAAGCAAUGGAUAGAGCAAAAGAGGCAAUUGCUGCAAGCUUCAAUAACUUGGACAAGUGUUGCUAAAGCUACUGGUGUUUAUGAUAAAAGCUAUAAUAUUCGGGAAAGAUCUAAAGGGAAAGAGAAAGAAUCUUCAAUUAGGCAUGAUGUUGCUAUUGAGAAUGAUGAUGAGGAGGGUGAUGAAGAGGAUUAUGAAGUAGGAGACAAUGUUGAAGAAGAUAAUGAAGCUUUUUUAACAUUUGCUGAUGAUGAUGAUUCCCAAGAAGAGUAGAUUAAAUUCAUAUUUGAUCUUUUAAAAAAAGAUUGUAAUAUUUGAAUUAUGAGAUAUUUG